UCGCGGAAUUGAUUGCUGAGGAGACACGUCUUCGAGUUUUGAGUUCCUCUUCUUCCGCAAUGCCUAACGUUCUUGCUGCUCAUGGUCCUGCAAGUCCACCUCCCGUGCCAGCGCCUACUUAUCAUCAACCGCCUUCUAGUUACAUUCCAAAUCCUGGUACUAGAAAAGACAAACGAAGCAUUCAAUGUCGUUACUGUCAUCUUUGGGGUCACUCAAUUCAAGAUUGCCGGAAAAAGAAAUGGGCAGAUCAGCAUUUACGAUCCUCUCGUAAUAUGCCUACUGUUGCAUCUGCUCCUUCUGUUCCUCCGGUCAACAACGCGUCAUCUACAGAGCAGCAACCUUCAACUAUUCAAUUGAGUCUUCCUCAACUACUGCAGAUGUUUCAGCAACACCAAUUGAUUCCAUCCACUUCGUCAAGGCAGUCCUCCUCUAUCUUUUCAUCUACGCCAUCAGGUUUUGGUAUGACUGGUCCUGGAGGAUCGUCGGACCGGGACUUUGAUUGGACAGGGCCAUAGACGUGACUGCCUGUACUACAUGGACUAUCUGCAUCUUCCUCCUAAAAUUAAUUCAGCAAAUAUUGCUACAACUUCAAAUUCUGAUCUCUGGCAUCGUCGUCUCGGUCAUCUUUCUUCUGAUAAGUUUACUGUUUUAGUUCGUAGUGGUGUAUUAGGUCCUGUUUUUAAUUCCGAAUCUGUUUCUUGCAUUGGAUGCAAACUUGCUAAACAUUCCAUUAAACCUUUUCCUGUUAGCAAUUCUAUUUCAAGUGCACCAUUUGAUCU